CAACGCUGGCUCAACCCUGCGGCUGCGGGAAGCGCAAAACUCCGACCUUUCUCGUCAUAAGCUUCCCAAGAAGUAAUGCAGGUUCUUCCAGAUACUCACUGCUCCCCACGCUAGCCAGUACGCUCUGGAAGAAGCCGUGCUCACAUUCCGUCUGGCCCAAGGAAGCAGCCCAGCGCUGGCGUACGGGAUCGGCAAGCAGAGGGCCGGAAGCAGGGACCGGAAGAAAACCCAGCGCCUCCUUCUGCGCAAGCGCCAGCAGGCUUCUCCCGCAAGUCACCUCGGCUCGGAAGUGGUGGCGGCGGGCGGAAGGGGCCGCCCUCUGCACAUGCGCGCGGCCGUCCGGCCCCCGCGGGAGUGACGUACGCAGUGGUGUGGAGGGUGGGCAGCAGGCCUGCGCCUCAGGGACCCGUGGCUGUGCAGGUUUUUGCUUCGCUUCUGAAAUCUGUUCAAAGCGGUGGUUCGUUCAUGCUCAAGUGCCAUACCUAAAGUCCGGCGGAAGGCCAAAACACUGGCUGCCUGGCCGGACCGGACGUCUAGCCUGCCCACAGACUUAGAGCUUCGGAGUCAUGACUGCGAAGGAGUCACGAGAUGCCAAAGCAGAGUCGGCUCUCUCCUCAUCAGCCAAUUCAAGCAAGCAUGUGUCUGAAAAGCCAAACUACACUCUCAAAUUUACUCUGGUGGGACAUACGGAAGCAGUAUCAUCAGUUAAGUUUAGUCCUAAUGGAGAAUGGCUAGCAAGUUCUUCUGCUGAUAAAGUAAUUAUAAUUUGGGGAGCCUAUGAUGGGAAAUAUGAGAAAACACUUAAAGGACACGAUCUGGAAAUAUCAGAUGUUGCCUGGUCAUCAGAUUCCAAUCGUCUUGUUUCUGCCUCGGAUGAUAAAACGCUAAAGAUUUGGGAUGUGAGAUCUGGAAAAUGUUUGAAAACGCUUAAGGGGCACAGUAAUUAUGUUUUUUGCUGUGAUUUCAAUCCACCAUCCAACCUUAUCAUUUCAGGAUCUUUUGAUGAGAGCGUGAAAAUAUGGGAGGUGAAAACAGGAAAGUGCCUUAAGACGUUGUCUGCUCAUUCUGACCCAGUUUCUGCUGUUCAUUUUAAUUGUAGCGGGUCCUUGAUAGUGUCAGGCAGCUAUGACGGUGUCUGUCGAAUCUGGGAUGCUGCAUCGGGUCAGUGUUUAAAAACACUUGUUGAUGAUGAUAACCCCCCUAUCUCUUUUGUAAAGUUUUCUCCAAAUGGUAAAUAUAUUCUCGUUGCAACUUUGGACAAUACUCUUAAACUAUGGGAUUAUAGCAGAGGCAGAUGCCUGAAGACAUACACUGGUCACAAGAAUGAGAAAUACUGCAUAUUUGCCAGUUUUUCAGUUACUGGUGGAAAGUGGAUUGUGUCUGGUUCAGAGGAUAACCUGGUUUACAUUUGGAAUCUUCAGACUAAAGAGAUUGUACAGAAAUUACAAGGUCAUACAGAUGUCGUAAUCUCAACAGCUUGUCAUCCUACAGAAAACAUCAUUACAUCAGCAGCAUUAGGAAAUGACAAAACAGUUAAAAUGUGGAUGAGUAAUUACUAAACCCUUUAGAAAUCAAGUAGUAGAGUCAAAUUGGGAAAAAAAGGUUAAGUAUUUUAAAAGAUGGUUUCCUCUCAAUUUUGGCAUGGUUUUGUAUUUUUUUAAACAUUGUCUUGAAUUAUAUGAUUUUAAGACCUAUAACCUCAAUUUACAGAGCAAGACAGUUGGAAAAGCAAGUCUAGAUCCCAGGGCUCUGACUUUAAUCUUGAGGUCUGUUAUUAAUUUCUUGUGUCUGUCCUUGAGCAGAUUCUCAUUCUCUUCCUCUCAGUGACUAUUUUGUAUUUGACAAAAAUUUAGAAGUAGGGCCCACAAGACAGGAUGACUGAUUGGAUGAGGGGAGCAAGGGAGUUUGGAAUAGCUCCAAGGUAUUUGGUUUGGGAGAUCAGAUGAAUUAAGAGAAUAAGCCUAGGAUGGUGGUGGAUGGGGAUUUUAUGUCAGAUGCUACUCACACAUUUUUAACUGAUAGCCUAUGUGAUGGGAUGUGAGAUGGUCCAUGGACUCAAGUUUGUAAAUUGGGAAAAAUAAGUUAAUGGCUGUGUUUGUUCUGAGAGUCUAAAAAUUUUAAGUUUUUAUCAAGAUAAAAAGGAAAAAUAAACCAGAACAAAAUUAUAAAGGCAUUUUAUUGAAGGACCUCUUACCACCUUGUCAGACUGCCCUCUCCUGAUCCUCAGGGCAAGCUCCAUGUCUGAAUGAGGCUGCUCUCUUUCAUUAUAUCUGAUCUGCUCACUCCUGCCCAUGCUACAAACUCAGUUCAGAAAUCACCACCUUUUAGAACCAUCACUGCCUGCCUGACUCCAACCACAGCUGACAGCUGAAUUAGGUUUUCUUGCUUCUUUCCAUAGCUUCUGUUAUGAAAUUCAAACUACAUCAUCUCCCAGUUUGUGUUGUGAUGGUUUCAUGGGCCCUGUGUCUGGUAGAUUAUGAGCUCAGUGACGUCAAGUAUGUUUUAUUCAUCUUUGUAGUCUCAGUUUUUGUAUUAUAGAAGGGACUCAAGUAGUUUGAUGAAUGAGAGUGAAUUAUACUACCAUCACAGCUUCAUUCCUUGCCUGCUUUCAAUGUUUUUGGAGUCAGUUCCCCAUAAUAUUAUUUUUGUUGAUUAAAAUUAAAAGUAUCUAACCAUAGCCUCACAUGUUAACUUUAUUGAAACAAGGCUUAUAGGAAAUAUAAAGUGGAAAAUGUUUUCUGCCCACUUUACCUAUAGAGACAAGAUAAACAUGAAAAAGUAAUCUAGGAAUUAAGCAAAAAGUAGUACAACAAUUAAGUGAACGUGGGUACUAGAGAAUACAAAAGAAGACAGUUUUGCCUUUUUUGCCUUUAGUAGUGCUCAUGAAAUAUGAUUUGCUUGACAAGUUGUAAGCAAUAUAAGAUACUAGAGUUACUAGCAGGGUGUGUGACUGCUAAGGAGUUAAUAUGUGAGGGUACUGGAAGAAGUAGGAUUAGAUAGGGGCAAGUCCUAUAUUCUGGUCAUGAAAUUUAUAUUUAACCCAAAAAGAGACAGCUGUAAGUUACUGAAUAGGAAAGUUGACAGAAAAUGAGAAAUGAUUGUAUAAAUUCUUGCUGCAUGGUAGCAUUUUUGAGCUUUGACUUAAACAUUUUAUUACAAUAAACCUCGAAGACACAACACUUUAAAAUGCUUAUUUAGAAGUUAAAGAUGGUAUCAUUUUAUGAAGACUUACUUUAAGAAAGAAAUACAUUAGAUUUUAUCCAUAUUUAAAACCUAUAUUUAGAUAAGAUGUUAACAUAAGUGUUCCAAAACAGUCACGAAAAACUACUCUGCUAAAAUGUAUACAAAGCAAUGCUUUUUGAUGAUAAGUUUGCAAGUAAUAAAAAUCAAAAGAGCUGAAUAUCUAAAAUGAAGCUAAGGUCAAACUCUAAAGUAUAUAGACAGACAUAAUAAUAUCAGAUAGAUUAUGGAGCUGUAGGCAGAGAGAUGCAUUACAUUUUACUGAGUAUUUUAUUAAACCAAGUUCCCAAACAGCUGCACAUAUUACUUUUUAAUCUGAUAUAACCCUCUGAAGCGAACUAGCAGGUUGGGAUGUUUAUGAGGACUUGCCAUCCGUUAAUACUCAUGAAGCACGUGAGAGUAAAUGAAAUACUUAAAUAGAAACCAGCAUCCAUACCUAAAUAUAAGACAACUUGGCAUCCCUGUUGAACUGUAAAUAAGAUAUAUACCUGGUGCAAAUGCUUAUUUUUCAACACUAAUAGGAAAAUGCAUUUGAUAGAUUUUCAUAAUUGAUAAAUUUAGUGUAAAGGCAGAAAGAAAAUGACAGGUUGGUAGUUUUAAGCCACGGAGCAGAAGAGGUGACUGUGCUGGCCCCAAACAACUCUGGUGCUGGGAUUACACAAUCCUCAGAAAUUUGUGGCCAGACCUCCAUCAUCACCUUGCCGGGACUUUUUCAAAGACUGUUCCCCAGAGGCAGAGUGUGGUCUGGCUGCUUCCUGGGGCUCCUGAGAAACACUAGGGCAUUUGGGGAGGUUAGCGCUCCUACCUGCACCUGGGUGUGUGCUCAGCUGGCCCUCCUUAUCUCUCUAGAAAUGAGGACACAGAAGAGAGAGAAAUGCAGAACUGGAAACCAUUUGGCUUCUGGGGAGAUGUCACUUUGGUAAGGGAAAUUAAAGAUAUGGGACCUGAAUCUCUAAAGAAGAGUUAAUAUUAAAGUUCAA